AUGAGUGGCAACAAGAACCCGACCAACAAGAAGCUGGAGGAGCUAGUGGAGAAGGCAGGCGUAGACAAAAGCGUACUGGAGGAUCCUAAGCGUGUUGUGUGUGACGAUGUGUGGACGGAGGAGCGCGAGCGGUUGGCGCGCGAACACCUGAGCCAGGACAAGUCCACAAUUCCCCAGUUCUGGCAGAACAAGUACGAAGAAGAUGCAGCCAAGAGCUGGGACAAGUUCUAUAAGCGCAACUCCACUAAUUUUUACAAGGACCGACACUAUCUUCAUUUGGUGUUUGAGGACCUGGGCGUGGUGCCCCAGACCGAGGAGAAGAGGACCUUGCUGGAGGUUGGCUCCGGAGUCGGCAACGCGGCGCUGCCGCUGCUGGAGAUUAAUCCGGCUCUCAAUAUUGUGGCCAUCGACUUUGCUGACUCGGCCAUCGAUCUACUGAAGACACAGCCUUUGUACGACAUGGCCCGUGUGUCCGCCUCAGUGUGCGACAUUACGAAGGAUGCACUUCCAGACGCCGCGUUCGCUAAUGGUGGCGUGGAUUUUGCGCUCUUAUUGUUCAGCUUGUCGGCACUGCACCCGGACAAGAUGAAGGCUGCGGUAAAGAAAGUAGUUGCGGCGAUCAAGCCUGGAGGCAAACUCUUCUUCCGUGACUAUGGCCGAUACGACCAGGCACAACUUCGCUUCCGCUCUGGCUGCAAGCUCCAGGAAAACUUUUACGUCCGCCAAGACAACACGCGAGCGUAUUACUUCACAACAGAGGAGAUUGCGGAUAUUUUCACUGAGGCAGGUCUUGUUCCGGUGGAAAACGAGUAUAUCCGUCGCCAGUACGCCAACAGACUGCAGAAUGUCGUUCGCUUCCGUGUGUGGGUACACGCAAUCUUCGAGAAGCCUCCCACCGCCACGGACACAACACAAAAAUGAGUUGUUUGCCGCACUCGUGUUACUACCAAAAUAAUACUUCCGAGGUAUAUUCUCUACAGUACAGUAGACGCACGUUUUGGUACGAACAGCACCAGGCUUCAUCUAUCUCUUUAGGUUGCCAGGUGGUGUAACAAGUCAACGAAGACGCGGUUGUCAAUCUCCGUCACGAGAGUCACGUUCGCCUCCUCAGAUGGAGCAUCAUGGCCCCAAAUGCAAGCGCCACGCUUCUCAUCGGGAGCCAGGUGAAUGCGACCUUUCAAUGCAGCAGCAUUCUUGAUGUACUCUGGAUGCAAGAGGAUGGCGAUGGCAUAGGCGUCGCAUGGAAAGAAGCCUUGGUUCUUGCAGAACUCUCUUGUGAACUUCCAGAUCUUCUUGACAUACUCACCGUUGGAGUUCACCUCCUCAUGGAAAAU